AUGCGGCACCUCCUCCACUCUCGCCGCUGCCUUCGCCGCGGCGGCGGCAUCCCUAUCGGCCUCCACCACCACCUUCCUCUCCUCCGUCCCCCCUCCCAGGUCUCCUCCGACGCCGAUCUCCGCAAGUGCGCAGGCUACGCGCUGCUGCUCCUCGGCUGCGGCGCCGCGACCUACUACUCCGUUCCGUUCCCCGCCGACGAGCUGCACAACAAGGCCGUUCCGUUCCGGUGCGCGCCGCUGCCGGAGGACCUGCACGCCGUAUCCAACUGGAGGUCUGGAGCAGCACCACGGGGUCCAUGCCCGCGUCCUCCUGCAGGCAGACUCGCUCUCGGCACUGAGGGCGCGCUCGCCGCCGCGAGAUACGCAUGCUCAGGCCGGCGUCGCGCUCAUGGACAAGUUGAUCGAUGUUGA